AUGAGCAUCUCAAACGCCAACAGCAUCAAUCCAGAAUGUCAACAGCUGCAAUUCGCCUUGCCACCGGCCGGUGCAGCUGUCCGCGACUUCAUCGCUGCCCACCCCGAAGCCGAGGCGCAACUUUCACCCCUGGCAGAGGAACUCCUCCUACUACCCGAUGUGGUCGUCGCACUUUUGCGGAGUGAGGCGAGUUGCGCCGGGGAGGAUCGGCUACUGAACGAAACUCGACAGGUUCCGGCUUUUUGCAUCGAGGUCGUCGGCCAGAUUGUAGGGGUUGUUUCUGAUACUGGCCCUGAAAAGAGCCGAUGGUCCCUCGUGCGACGUGGAGACGAUGCGUGGAGGAGUGCUGCCAGUCACGCCGCGGCCCUGGGCUCGUAUCUGGCCUCGGGAAGGAGGACAAUGAGUCUGGCUGUCGAUGCACUCGACCUAGCCCAGCAUCUUCAAAGGGCAGAGGAGGCUGGUGAAUCCCCUCCUUAUGCUGCCAGUGCAACAUUGCAGGAGAUCAACUCCAUCAAAGAGAUCCUCAACCGCCAACCCGCAUCAGAGCAGAGGCUGUCGCUGCACAAGCUCGCCGGGUUCCUCAGCUUCCUUCGGACGUACAUUGACAACCAGUCCACCACGGUCCCGGCAUCGGAAAUGGCGAGACUGACCGUCACCGCCGAUAACGCCGGCGCUUCAACCUACUCUAUGUCCGCCGCGCCGAGCGUCGACGGUGACAUGAACACAGGCCCGGCCCUUCUCGCGGCCUCGCCCGCCCACGUCUCAUUCCGACACGUCGGCAAGAUCACAAUGAACCUAGAGAAAGAACCCCUCGACAUCCGCUUCACCUCCAACGCGGACCCGACAUCCUUCGCCGUCUCCAAUUUCUUCAAAGACAUUAGCCUCUUCGAUGCCGCAUCGGGGGAGCGCAGGCGCACCAUCAAAGUCAAAGGCGUGCACAUGGUCUUCUCCCCCUUUUGGGACCUGGUCGCCGUGACGACGGAGCAUCACGACGAAUACGUCCACCGAUUCCCCAAGCCCAUCCCAACGACGCACGACAUGAUCCAUUUUGAGAGGCCGGCUCUGUACGUCGUCGACUGGGCCAAUGACAAUAGCCCCACGGCGCGCAAGUUCGCCCUGCAGUGGCACGGCAUCCGCGCAUUCUCCUUCAGCCCGGACGGCCAGCUCCUGGCGAUCAAGGGCGUCCGGAACCGCGUCGAGAUCGUCACGGGGGCCAAGGGGCAAGGGUACAGCGUCAUCCGCAGCCACACGGACGAGGUCACGCACGCGGAGUGGACGGCGGACGGCACCAGGCUCGUGACCGCGUCGCGGGAUGGGACGCUGCGGGUCACGAAUGUCGAGACGGGCCGGACCGUUGCCAAGAUGGAGAUGGAGGACUGGAGGAAUCCGCUGCAGCUCGCCGUCGGUCCGAUGGGGGCGAUUGCGUCCAUUUGGGGCCGGACGGUGACGAUGUGGGACUAUGAGAGCGGCGCGAUGAACAGUUAUAACCUCGAGACUGCCAAGGGCAGCGAAGGCAUCCCGUUGGCGAUUUCGCCCGACCUGCGAUGGGUUGCGUACCGGUCCGAUGACGGUGCCGAUGUCACCGACCUGGCGACUGGCAGAGUAGUCUACUCGGCACGGCUGGAGUCUGGGUUCGCCGUUUCUGCUGCCUUCUCCGGGAACGGGCAGUACAUGGUUGUCGGGCGGUGUUUGCAUGGACAUCACGCCCGGAACGAUUCCGGCAUCCUCAACGUGUGGGAAGUUCAGACUUGA